GAGGCAACCCCUGGUCAUUCAUAGGUUUACAAGUCCACUGAACAACAUCAAAAUGAAGAUCAUCCUCGCCGCAGUCAUGGUAUGCAGCGUGUCAGCUGGUUUACUUGCACCAGGACCAUAUGCGUACCCAGGCUUCGCUCAUGUGGGCGCUCCAAUAGCGCCAGUGGCCAUUGCCAGGCCCGCUUUAGCCGUUGCUCGACCUGCAUAUGCAGCAGCUGCUGUAGAUGAUUACGAUCCAAACCCUCAGUAUUCUUAUGCUUACGAUAUUCAAGAUGCCUUGACCGGUGAUUCCAAAAGCCAACACGAAACCCGAUCAGGUGAUGUUGUCCAAGGUGCAUACUCCCUAGUUGAACCCGAUGGUACUCGUCGAGUUGUUGAGUACACAGCAGAUCCCCACAACGGUUUCAACGCGGUUGUCCACAAAGAACCAGUAGGUGGCGUCGUUAAAGCAGUCGCUCCAGUCGCCGCCUACCAUUAGAGCCUUAAUCGUUUUCAAAAGAAGUUGUUAAGUUUCGUAUUAAAACCACAGCGACCUGAUAUGAUUAUUUAAAAAUGUAUUUAUAUAAUUUAUUGUUUAUUUAUAGAUGCUAAGGUAA